AUGGUAAUGGCUAGUGUCAUACAGAAGAUCAUACCUCACUAUUCUCUGGCUCGUUGGCUUCUCUGUAGUGGCAGUUUACGGUGGUAUCAGCAUCCUACUGAAGAAGAACUACGUACUCUUGCAGGGAAACAAAGGGGGAAGAGCAAAAAAGAUAGAAAAUAUAACGGUCAUAUUGAAAACAAACCGCUAACCAUUCCAAAAGACAUUGAUCUUCAUCUGGAAACAAAAUCUGUGACUGAAAGGGACACUAUUGCAUUGCAUUAUUUUCCGGAAUACCAGUGGUUGGUGGAUUUCACCGUUGCAGCUACUGUUGUGUAUGUGGUGACAGAAGCCUAUUACAGUAUUGUGAAGCCCUCACAAGAAAUGAAUAUCAGUGUAGUGUGGUGUCUGCUUGUCUUGGCUUUUGCAGUUAAGGUACUAUUUUCGUUGACUACCCAUUAUUUCAAAGUAGAGGAUGGAGGUGAAAGAUCAGUCUGUGUCACCUUUGGUUUUUUCUUCUUUGUUAAAGCCAUGGCAAUUCUCAUUGUGACAGAAAACUAUCUAGAGUUUGGACUGGAAUCAGGAUUCUCGAAUUUCUCAGAAAGUGCUAUGCAGUUUCUUGAAAAGCAGGGUUUGGAAUCCCAGGGUCCUGUGUCUAAACUAACCUUCAAAUUGUUCCUGGCUGUUCUGUGUUCACUUAUUGGUGCUUUUUUGACAUUCCCUGGCUUGCGACUGGCUCAAAUGCAUCUGGAUGCUCUGAAUUUAGCAACAGAAAAAAUAACACAAACAUUGCUACAUAUAAACUUCUUGGCACCUUUAUUUAUGGUUCUGCUGUGGGUAAAACCAAUCACUAAGGACUACAUUAUGAACCCACCUUUGGGCAAAGAGAGCGUCCCUUUAAUGUCAGAAGAUACCUUUGACACCGUGAGGUUGUGGAUUAUAAUCCUGUUAUGUGCUUUACGGUUGGCUAUGAUGCGUCAUCAUUUACAGGCCUAUCUGAAUUUAGCCCAGAAAAGUGUGGAUCAGAUGAAAAAGGAAGCUGGCAGAAUAAGUAUGGUUGAUUUACAGAAGAUGGUGGCUCGGGUAUUCUAUUAUCUUUGUGUAAUUGCACUGCAGUAUGUUGCACCAUUGGUAAUGCUCCUUCACACAACUCUGCUCUUGAAAACACUAGGUAAUUAUUCUUGGGGCAUCUACCCGGAAUUGAAUUCUGACACUCCAGUAGAAAACAGUCUGCUUCCCAGUUCAGUUUAUUCUGAGUCUCCACCUGCUGAUGGAAAGAUGAAAGUAACUGUGGUACAAAUAACAAUGGCUUUGGGAAGCCUAAAGAAUAUUUUCACUCCUCUUCUGUUCCGGGGACUCCUGUCUUUCCUCACCUGGUGGAUUGCUGCUUGCCUCUUUUCUACAAGCCUUUUUGGGCUGUUCUAUCACCAGUACCUGACUGUGGCGUGA